AUGACUGAUUCCAACUAUGAUCACUUGUUGUACAACUGGAAUCGACUGCAACAUGUUGCUAAGUCCUUACAUCCGGGUUUGACGGGUGAGCUUGUGAACAUUCUUGCAACGCCGUUCGAGGAACCAAUCCUUCAGGAAAACCGAGUCUUGAUCAGGGCAUACAUUGCAGUCUCGUCGGACGAGGUGCCGGACCCCGCGACUGCACAGAAGGUAGUUCUGGUAUUGCGGCGAGCGGACUGGGUUGCGGUUUCUCAGCGUAACGGACCGCUUCAGAUCAUUGCAGCGACUUUGUGCAUGCAGCAACAACAGUACAUGCUGGACUGUACAGGGCCUUCUUCAGUGGUGGUUACCAGUUGCAGCUUGGAAAGUGACACCUGUGUGCGCAUGGCCGAAUUCUUCUCGGGUGGUUUCUCGGGUUGGAGCCAGGCUGCGUACAUUCUGCAUACAGCAGGUCUUCCGGUGCAGGCCUCAUGGUCCAUUGAUGUGGAUCCGGCCUGUUCGGACAUGCUCCGACACCAGCACCAGAAGUGGCAGGAGGUUUCUGAUCUCGAGGGUCUUUGCUCAGUCGAGGAUGAGGGGAUGCUUCACUUGUGCGCUGACAUCAAGACAAACUGGUGGUUGAGGGUUUUCCAGCUGAGGCCGGUUAAUGUAGUCUGUGUGUCUGCCCCUUGUCAGCCCUGGUCGUCGGCAGGCAGUGAGCAAGGCUUGCACUCUGACGAUGGCAGGCUUCUGCUUCGUGCCGCGGAUAUUGCAGGCUUUUUCCGCGUACCGGUUGUGUUGCUUGAACAGGUGGCCAACUUUGCAACCCACCCGCACUUCGCAGCAGUGAUGCAUGCUUGGAGUCUCGCAGGUUAUUCUGUGCAGUGGCAAGCCACGCUAAACCUGUUAGACAUACUGCCUGGCCAGCGGCAGCGAUUCCUGAUGGUGCUGCAGCACCGCGGUCAUGCCAACACCAAGCAGUUGCAGGUCAACUCAUGGAGCAUUAGCAAACGGAUGAAUCUGGGCCAAGCCAGAGUCCUGUUUGACCUUCCCCCUCCGCUGCUUGCAGCUAACACCCCGGAUGCAGCUGCCCUUGAAAUGUAUAUGGAUCCGUGGUACGUCCCUGCCCCCAGACAGGCGAAUUGCUCCCCGCAGGCACCUGAAAAGUACCGCGUCAGGACGGCCACAGAUGUUGCAGGGGUGUUCGUUGCGAUGUAUCAGUUCCAGCAUGAGCUGCCACCGGCGCAGUUGCAGCGAGGCAUACAUGGCUGUUUGCUACGCAAGUCGGGCCUGGUGAGGUUUUUUGCAGGCCCGGAAAUAGCAGCGAUUCACGGAGCUGCGUCGCCCAUCUUCUUGUCGGUUGAUCAGCGCACGCAGAUGCGAUUGUUGGGCAAUGGCAUCGCUGUUCCGCAUGCUAUGGUCCCCUUGGUCUGCGGGUGCUCCUUGUUAGGACUUCACGAUGCACCUGAGCCCGCCGCAGCGGUUGCAAUGUGCCUUCGCUCUCGGUUGCACGCAGAUAAUUCCUUGCUGAUGCCUUUCGGUCAGGAUUGGGUACUGUGUCAUAAAUCUCAGAUGCACCAGGUCCUCCAUGCGCAAGGCCUCAUGUGUCCGCGGUCGCUGCGUGCGCCUGCUCCCGAGGCUUUUGUGGAAAUCCUGCUUCAAGCCCCGGACAGGGAUUUCAGGGUUCUGGCGCCGCCCGACUGUGAUGUGGGAUCUUUCUUUGGGUUUCUUGGGUGUCCAGAGGUCCUCCCGAAGUUGACAAACAGCUUGUGCGAUGGCCUCCAGGCCAUGACGGUGCACGCGCAGCAGGUCCCGACAUUAAACUGUGGAGGUUUCAUGUACACCGGCGGUGCGCCACUUGGCAUGGCCCUGAUCUUGUCUGAUGAGCGGGCUUUUGUUGUCGAGCUCCGGACCGCCAGGUCAUGGUCCCAGCUUCUUAGUGUCUCCCAGAUGGUUGUGCCUGAAACUGGCUCCUUGGCGCUGUUCGCAACCACAGGGCAGCGUCUCUUUGCGGAGGAACAGUUCUCGGCUUGCAUGAUUGCGGCCGCUGAAGAUGACGAAUUGCCGAUCUUCCCGCUGCGUCGGUUGGCCUCUUCCCUGCAUGGCCUGUGUGUGUCUAGGAGCCAUGAUGAACUGCAGGUGCAGGUACAGGCGCACGUCGCCUUGGAUGUCUGGCUUGCCAUGCCAUUCCAUCUAGUGCAUGCCAUGGGCUGGCUCUCUGAAGAGGACAAUUUCCCGCCUUUGCAUCCUGCGCCCUCGUGCCUUAAGCUCAGACAGGUGCGCCAGCCUGGCAUGCCGGUUGAUUUGAUGCAUGAUCAGUGGCGGUUGUGGCUGCUAACGGCGCAGCUCGACGAGCUUGCUGCCACCUGCAAAGGAGACACCAUUGCGUCUGAAAUUCAGGUUGUUGCCAGAUGUCUCUGGACGGGCUCCCUCCCAGCUGAUACCACUCUGGAGGUCAUCUCUGGGUUCUGGCGCCAGGCUAGUGCUGUUUGUGGCCUUGGCGACGGCCACCGCAUCUUUUCAGGACCCCACCCGCACCUGCCUUCCAUUCCGCUGCGCGAGCUUCGCCAAAGCCCCAAGGAAUGUGUGGUACGGCGCUCAGGCCGCUUGCUCAUCACGGUUCAUCCCGAGGUUAGAGGCGGGGGGGUUAAAUCUGAGAAUUUGAGCUGGGCCCAGACCCGCACAGCUUCCUUGUGCCUUUCGAAUGGAUUGGACCUCAACAGCACUACGACCUUUGUGGACCAGCUCUCCGGAGCAGUCGGUGCCCAGCGUCUCUCUUUGUGUCUGCAGGAUUCCUCCACUUCUGAUCGUUGGCAGGCCAUUGUUGACUUGGCGGAAGGUGCUAAGAUCGCGGUACCUCAGGGGUGCAAUCUGCAAGCCAAGGCGGCUCAUCGGGCCACCAAAGCCGUGCAACGCCGCAAGAACCAGGAUCGCCGCCAGGUCCAGGCAGAGGAUGUCUGUCUCGCACCAGAGUUCUUUGUCAACGAAGACAAUACCCCGACCACCAUCCUCGAUGACAUCCGCCCAGGGGUGUCAGGCAUCAAGCUGGUUAGUGAGCCUGAGGCACAUGCUUUGAUUCAAACCCUGCGAGGCGUCCAACCGGAUGAGCUGGGUUUACUGGUGCUCGGCCACUCCUGCCCUUGCCCGGACGAUUGUAAUGGACAGCUGUGCUUUCCUGCCACUUCCCGGGCCAACGGUUCGCGUUUGCUUUUAGCUGGGUGUCUCCACAACCUCGGUGGGAAGCAGGUUCGCACAAAGAACACUGGCGACAUCAAAGUCGAUUUGCCGGAGAUGUGUUGCUGUGCUUUCGAGUGCUAUGCCGAUGAAUUUGAGGCAGAGACAUGGGCUUCUCUCACACAAGCCCCGGUGCGUGCCGUCAUGGACCGCUUCAAGAAAAGUGGACUGGACAAGCCUUUUUCGGAUCCUUGGGGGCGCAGCUUUUCUCUGAAUGGCAGGCCUGCCCUUGCUUCCCUCGCUGACAAGGUCUAUUUUCAGGCCCGUGUUUUGUCGGAGUCUCUUGACCCUCUCCUCAUUGCAAGCGGCCACAACCAUGUGUACUGCACCCCACGCAACAUUGACAGGACAGUUGUCCAAGCAUAUGCCAUUGUAUGGUCCGGUGCCUCACGGGCAGAUGCGGUGCGGGCUUCCUUGCAGACGCCUGAACAGCUAGGGCUUGUUCGGGCCAAAAACCGUUAUGGCUUGAGAGUCCCUGCGGCACGUUUCCCGGCCAUCUUUGCCAACCUCAGGCCAGGCCAGGUGGUUCCGAGUAAAGUGGCGGUGAAUCAGUUGUUCAGGGUUGGGCCGCUCCCGCAAGCGGUGAGUACAGAUGCAAUCAUUGACUGGGCCUCGCGCGCGGGAUGGCAGGUUCGCGUCAUGAAAAGCUUAGGCGCUCGGCAUUGGCUGCUGGGCGCUUCCACGGCACCGCCUGAGGUUUAUCCUGCCUUUAACGGCCAGACGCUCUUAAUCUCACCAGUGGGCCCGCGCCAGGCGUCACCGCCAAUCGUCCAGUCCGGAAACUUGGGGCCCCGGGCCCCGCCUGGCCCUCCCUCGGCCGGCCCUUCAGCGAAGGCCACACCAGGCGCCUCUAUCAAGGUUGAUGAUCCCUGGCAGAACUUUGAUCCAUGGCGGGCGGCGGCAUUCGGCUCCCAGUCCGGUGCCAGCUUCACGAGUCGGCCCUCCCUUUCCUCGACCCCCACUGAGGCGCCAUCCCGGUCCCUGGCCGGCCCUACAGAGCAGAGGUUUCAGGCACAGGAGUCGCGCCUACUUGCAUUGGAGGAGGGACUCGAGCAGCUCAAGGUGCGACAGGAGUCCAACCAUGCCGAAUUGGUGCAGGCGCAGGCAGAUGAUAGGGAGGCCUCCACCAAAACCGCGGGUCAACUACGUGAUCAAAUGAGUCUCAUGGGCAAUGAGUUUGCAAGUCAGCUGCGACUGUUGGUUGAAUCCUUGAAAGGUGCCCAGCUUCAGCAGCAGCAGCAAACGCAGGCCAGCCUCGAGGAGCUGAAGUGCUUGAUGUUGUCUUGCCGUGACAAUCGAGAAUCAUCCAAGAAAGCGAAGACCACGGGGGACCCGGCCCUCAAUCCUGGACCCUCGGAGGCGGUCGAUGGGCCUCAACCACCGGAUGCCAAUAGGCCGUGCCAGCUUGUCCGGGUGUCUUUCCCCCCCGUGUGCUUCCCCGCCCUGAUGGCGGAUGCCCUGACCCCCGAGCUGACUGUACCUGCGGCCGCUGCUCCGUCUGCCUCUUCUCUGCAUUGCACACAAGAGACCUCAGACCCCUUUUUCCGCCUUGCGGUCGUCAAUCCCACCAGUGUGCUGAAUAAGGAGCCUCAUCUGGUGGCACUGCAAUGUCACAUUUGUCUCCUCUCUGAGACUUCGGCGGUCGAUAGGGCCCAGCAGGUUGUUCGUCGGCGCCUCCAUCAAGCCGGCUUUGCGUGGGUUUGGGGCGAACCAGUUCCUGCGCACCAGACGGAACGGGCGCCAACUGGCUCCAUGCGUGGACACGCUGCAGGGGUGGCCAUUGCUUCGCUUUUCCCAGUACGCGCCCCCUUCGAUCCCUGGAUCUGUACUGGAGUGUCGGCCCACCGCCUUGUGCUCGGUCAUGUGCGUGUUGGCCCAAUGCAUGCGCGACUCAUUGUGGUGUACGGGUGGCCGGCAAAUCAUACGGCUGCGAAGGACCGAAAUGAGUGCUUGUUCCGAGAAGUUCUACAGGCGGUUGCCUGCUCGCCGCUGCCAACCCUUAUUGGCGGCGAUUUCAAUAUGGAUGUGACCUCACUGCCCUGUUGGCCUGAGUUCGUCAAGUUGGGCUUUGCCGAGCUUUUUUCAUUUUGCCGCAGCCGCUUUGGGAAGACUUUGUCACCGACCUGUCGCGGCAGCACACGCCAUGAUUCGGUUCUCCUGCCGCCGGUCUUCCAGACUCUGUUGCAAACGGCGAUGGUUAAUGAUACCUGCCAGCUUUUCGAUUCACAUGCGCCAGUGGUGCUUGAGUUUUCUCUGCCCCAGCACAAUCCGUGUAAACAGGUCUGGCGUAAACCAGACAGCUGGAUGAAGUAUGAGCCAGCUGCCGAGCUUGUGCAAAGCCACUACCUCCGUCGGCGUGCUUGUGUCGGUGAUAGUUUGCUUGGAUGCUCCUCCCGUGAUGAGCUUGAUACUGCCUUUCAUCAGUGGGCCACUGUGAUCGAGGAUUCUGUUGACGCGGCCAUUGGCCAGGCUCAUGCUGAGGACCCUCUUCGUCAACCCGCUGCACGGUUGCCUCGUCGAGCCAAGGGCAGGUGUACAUAUCGGGAGGUCAAACAACAGGCGUUGCCGCUCACGGCCCCAAAUGCCAGAUGUGGCGAAUAUAACCCGCCGGACGAGGCUCUUUCCCAUCGGUCCAGGCACAAGGUUAAGCAGGUACGCCGCCUCCAGUCUUUUCGCCGACGCCUGGUUUCCGUACGUGCAGUGGCUGGCCUUCAACCACCCUCGGACUGCCUUGUCAAUUCUCUCUGCUGUGAGUGGCAUGCGAUUGAGAAUGCCAGGGGCUACCCGCCCUCCUUCUGCCAAUGGCUCUUACAGGUUGCGCAUUUCGAUGCCUUUUACUUUGUCACAGCAGUUGGGCCGGCGGAGUUGAUAUCGUCAUCAAGUGCUUUGCGCCAGCUUGAUUCCUUGCCACCGGAGCCAUGGCUCAGUGAUGUCUGUGACUUUGUCAGAUUUGAGUGCGACGCAGUUGUGCGCCAGGAGCAGCAGCAACGCAAACAACUGUGGUCAUAUCUAAAUGACCAGGAUGCCGCCACGGGCCUUCGACAAGCCUAUCGCUCCCUGCGAAACCUUGACAAUCCACCUUUCACAUCCAUUCCUGUCAAGGAAUGCCAGCAGGCUUCACUGGAAUGUUGUGCACUAGGAGGGUGGGGUCUUUUCCGGGCUCCGGCGCCCGAGUUUUUUCAACAGGGCUGCCCUGCUGUCGCUGAUGAGUUGCCUGUUCUGGUUGGCAGCUGCCAGCAAGAUGAGGUUUUCGGCCCAAGACUCUGGCUUCACUUCGGGCGCUCGCCCCUCCCUGCUAAAUGCGUCAUUUGCCAGGAUACAGAGGCCGUUACCCCUCGUGAGCUUCACAGGAGCUUCACCAAUUUCUGGCAUCCUCUUUGGAACCGUGACCAGGGAGCCGCUGCUCGGAACUUGGAUCCUUGGGCUACUUUUGUGGAGUCUUUGCCAGAGCCCCCAGCCGCAUCAGCUGGCCUUCGGCUCCAAUUGCAGGACCCUGAUUUCUGGCAGCAACACUUGCGUCGCCUCAAGCCUCGUUCUGCAACGGGCUACUGCGGGUUUUCUAACCAGGAACUUCGCUGGCUCCCUCAAGCACCCUUGGAGGAUCUCGUGCGCCUUUUUGUGCUCUGUUCCAAGCACGGCUGGCCCAAGCACUUUGCAAGGGCGACGGUGAGUACGUUAGCCAAGGUCCAGCAGCCACUGAGCAUGCAGCAUGGCCGUCCCAUAACAGUCUUUGCUAACCUGUACCGCUUCUGGGCCUCCGGGCUGGCAACAGCCAUUCUGCGCCAAUGGGCCUCUUGGCUGCCAAGAGGAGUGAUGGGAAGUGUCCCAGGCCGGUCUGUCCGCGACUUGUCCCUUGCGCUGGAGUGCGAAAUUGAACAGCAUCUUUUGCAGGCCUCACCCCUAGGUGGCUUCUCGAUUGAUGUGGUGAAAUGUUUCAACCAGCUCCCGAGGGUGCCGCUGCGCUACCUCUUGGCCCAUUUGGGCGUGCCAGAAGACGUCCUACAUGCCUGGUUUGACUGGUUAGAUAACUGUCACCGUCUGCCGGUCUUCCACGGCUCCAUUGGGCCUCCUGUUCUUUCCUGCACAGGUAUGCCUGAGGGUUGUCCGCUGUCAGCGCUUGCCCAGGUCGCGGUAUGCUGGGCCGCACACGAGCAUCACAUGAGUUUCGGAGCACGGCACUCCUCCUAUGUCGACAAUUUUACGUGGACCGGCAGCACCAUUGCUUCCCUUGCCGAGGCCCUGCUCACUGCCCAGGACUUCUGUGCUUCCCUUUCCCUGCCCAUUGAUUGGACCAAGUCCUUUGCGUGGGCCACAGACAAGAAGCUCAGGGUCUGGCUCAAGGGGCCCGCCCAACGCCUGUUACCAGACGGAGCACAACUGUCGGUCGUCACCAAUGCCAAGGACCUGGGUGUUGCCUUCAAGUUCCGCAGAAUCAACAGCCUGGACGCAUCCUCCAAACGUUUGUCUGAAGGGCACCGGCGCCUCCAAUCCUUGCAGCGCCCGGGGGUUGCCCUGCUUCAAAAGGCACGGUUGCUUCAAACCAGCAUUUGGCCAGCGACCUUCUAUGGCUUCGAGGCUCGCCUCCUCAGUGCUGAUCAGGUUGGCAAGUUGCGUACAGCUGCCUCCCGCGCCAUGCUUGGUGACCGCCCUAGCGCCAAUCCUUUCCUUACUUUGUCUGCCCUGACACCACAGGUGACCGACCCCGAGGUUUUUCUGCUCAGCCAAGCAGUUUUGGCUCUCCAGCGCAUGAGCUUUUGCCGCCCAGAUCUCGCCACCCGCUGGCUGAAGGUGACUGUCUCUGCCAUUGAUGCCGAUCAGAGGGUCAUUGGCCCCGCUACAGCAUUGGCUGCUAUGCUCCGGAGAAACGACUGGCGGAUCAGUCCGGCGGGGGUUGCCAAAGGCCCGGGCCAUGCCACCUUCAAUCUCUACACGGAUCCUCCGCGAGUCAUCCGCUUGGCCAUCCGUACGGCCUGGUUGGACCAAGUUCCUGACAAGGUGCGGGAUCGAAAUGGAAUGGCGUAA